AUUUCCGGCAAUAAUUUGAUGACAGCAAAGUCUGGCACCAUCUGGAAAUCAGAGUGUAGUGAUCUGCCAUCUGAUAGAAGAUCUUCAUCUACAUUGUAAACCACUAGUGUUAAAUUUUAAAAUUUGAAAAUGACGAAAGGAAGGGUUGAUAGUGCUCUUUCGACUGCACCAGUGGUGACAUGUAUGAAAACUCUAAUGAUGGUUUUUAAUUUCAUAUUUUGGGUGACUGGUAUUGUGAUACUGGCCAUAGGUAUUUGGACCAAGGUCGACCUCUACAAGUACCUGGAACUCUCGUCCAUCUACCAACCCGAGGCCCCCUAUGUCCUGAUUGGUGUCGGAGCUGUCAUUGUUCUCAUUGGUUCCUUAGGAUGUUGUUGCACCAUCAAAGGUCACUCACUGCUUCUGUAUAUGUUCUGCGGUUUCCUGUUUGUUGUGUUUGUUGUUGAGUUAAGUGCAGGCAUCGCAUUGCUAGUCUACAGAGGAAAGCUAGAGAAAGGUUUCAAAGAUGGACUGUCUGAAGCCAUUAAACGCUAUGAUGUCAAAGGGGAAGGGGAAAUAACUCGAGCACUUGAUGAACUUCAAGCAAAGCUGGUGUGUUGUGGCAUACAGAACUACACGGACUGGUUCAACUCUCCGUACUCGAUCAAAGAGCAGCAACCCUUCUCCGUCCCCGAGUCCUGCUGUAAGGUCAAGGCCACUGAAUGUCACCACAUUGGGCUCAAGGGGCCAAACGCUACAACAAAUGAUAUACACACACAGGGUUGUCAUAAGUUGGUUGUUGAUUUCAUCAAUGGAAAUAUGGGGCCCAUAGGGGGUGUGGCACUGGGUAUUUCUUUCUUCCAGGUUCUUGGAGCUAUCCUGGCAUUUUGCCUGGCCAAGUCCAUCAGUCGAGCCAAGUAUGAGCAAGUGGCCUAGACCCACACCCUUGAGUGGACAGUGGUCAAGCUCAGGCCACACUGGACGCACCCUAAGUUUAUUUGACUUCCUUACGCUCAUCUAAAACCAUUGUUUAAUUUUUGGCUAAUUUAAAAAGUUUUUAAACCUGUGUAUUUACGAUGAGACAAAACUAAACGAAACUUUAGUGUUAAAAUUUAAUUAGUUUUAGUCUGAUGCAUGUCUCCACAAGAAAUGAACUUUUGUUAUUUAUAAAUAAGAUUAACUAUUCUCAUAGGGGUUAUGACAGCAAAAGUUUGCUUUGUUAGACUAAGCUUUUGAUAUCCUUUUGCACUUUGCUACAUUUUAUAGUUUUGACUUUUUUGCUUUUUUUUUGUGUCAAAUGUUUUAAAAAACAUUUUUUUUUAAUCUCUUAGAAGUUUUCUAAGAUAGUCUGCAAGUAAUUGUUUCACAGUUGUUGUGCUUUAAGAAUUAAUUCUGUGCAAUAUUUUCAACAUUUUCAACAUACAGAACUUGUUCCAACUCACUAUAGAGAACUUGUCCCUGCAUUUUGUUCCUUGCUAUUCUUCUUGCACUCUUAUCCACAUGUUGUUUCGUGUAUUCUAUAAGCUUAUGCUUAGAUUCAACAAGCUUCAAAAAGCCAUUUGAUUUUUAACUGCUAGCUUUCUUUAUUAACUUUCCAUGUUCCAUUUCAUCUUUUCAUCCACACAAAAUAGUGUUGGUUUAACCAACACCCCUCUCCCCAUUUUAACUUAAUUUCCAGUUUCUCUUCCAUUUUAUGAUGUAAGUAUUCCAAAUAUCCCUUACAAUUAAAUUAUGUAAGCAUUCCAAAUUUCCCUUACAAUUAAAUUAUGUAAGCAUUUUUUAUUUCAAAGUAACAGUUCAGUUAUGUAAGCAUUCCAUUAUACAAACUAUAUAAUCAUUCCACGCCCCUACAAAAUUAGAUUACAUAAUUUAACAAAUCCAUGUUUUUCAUAGAUUUUAAACUAAUAGGUAAAACAUUUGAUUCACCACUUCUUUUUCCACUUCGUAAACAUUUGAUUUCCUCACAAUAAAUUUUUAGCGGUUAUAUGACAUCUAACAUGAAUGAUGUUCUUAGCUGUUAUAGGACAUCUGACAAAGCGGUUACAUGACAUCUAACAAGCUUGCUGUCUUAGAUGCAUGACAUUCAUUACCUAUGAUUCUGUUCACGAUGUCACACAUGCAGUUUAUUAUUCUGUGAUAACCUUCAGUAUUUUGUAGUAUUAAUCCCAAUUUUUCGACUCCAAGUUGAACAAUUUUCUCUAAAAACAGUGCUUCAGCUGUAAAAUUUUUUUUUUUCGUAAAUGUUUACCAACGUAAGGGGUUGGCUGAAUCCUGCAUUGUUAUAUUCAGUUACCUACUCAGUUUCAGCUGUGAUAGCAGCUCCAGUGUCUGUUGAUUACUCAAAGCACAUUGUCUAAAAUUGUUAACUAAAAUGUCUAAAAUCGUUAACUCAAAAUGUCUAAAAUCGUUAACUCAAAAUAUCUAAAACUGUUAACUCAAAAUGUCUAAAACUGUUAACUCAAAAUGUCUAAAAUCGU